AUCUCUCAAGAAUCCAAGCAUCCAACGGGGUCUGGGAUGGAUUGUAUAGUCCUGGCAAGGAGGCUGGUUUUGGUAUGGAAGAACAGAAGUUUCUGCAAGACAGUAACUAGGUGGGAAAUUCAAGUGCAGGGUGGCUGGCAAGCACCUCGCAAAUCACCUCAGAGCCACAGCAAUGUCUAGAGGGACAAAGCCCGAUCCGACUGAGAACUGCCCAGUCUUACGCCCACCGCAGCAGGGGGGACGGCAGGGGUGUCGAAGGACCCAGGCACGACAGGAAGACUCUGACGAGGAAGGGCACAAGCGCCGGGCCAAGAAAAACGCAGGGGACCCCGAUAUUGUGAAGUCCCCCAGCGACCACAAAGAAUACAGGUGAAUAAAGGGUCUGGAGAAAAGAGCAACCCCCCUCAAGAGGCCAACAGCACUGUAAAUGUCCCAGUGUGUCCCAAGUACGUAAAUAACCUAAUAGUACAGACUCGGUCACAUAGUAAGUUUAAAAAUUAAGAAGCAAUUAAGCAAUAUCAAGGCAUUCCCACCAGCAUACCUGGCUAGUAGUGGCAAUUUAUUUUUUUAAUGCAAUGGUGGGAACUUGACUCCCAGGAAAUCUGCAUGAAUUCCUAUUAUUGGGAAGUGGGUAGGCUGUGCUUAACUCAGUGACAAUAGGCGAAGGUUGCCUGCUGCAAUCUUGUGGAGAAUUGUUUCCCAUGUUCUUUUUGAGAUGCUUCACUGCUUGGAGCUUGUAAGGAGAUGUUGACAAACUGGAGGACAUAAUAGAGAUUUAUACAAUUAUAGAUAAUGCAAAGGGAAUAUUUUCCGUCUCUUUCACGGCACUAGAAUUCAGGGUAAAUAGAUGCAAAACAGACAAAAAAAGGAAGACAUUUGAAUGACAUUUAAUCACCUAGUGCAAUUUGUUGCCGCAAGAUCUGAUUAUGGACUCUGGAUUAGAUAUAGUAUUUAAAAGGAGGGUAGAUAAAUUUAUGGAGGACAGAUCAGUUUUACUUAGGAUAUUGGGUAACCGGAACAUCAAGGUUCAGAGAUAGGCAAGCAACUAAUACCAGUUGAUGGGGUGGGGCAACAAUUGAGAGGGGAGUGACUGUUGUUCUCAUGCUCUGCUGGGGACUUCCUGUGAUUGUCUGUUGACUUCUGUUGCAAGCAGGACAUGGUGCUGGUUGGACACUUGGGCUGUGCUCACACCGACCCAUCCAUAGUGCAAAAAAAAUUGUAGUUUUUCUCAAUCCAGAAUCGUUCAUACUCAUCCUCAACAAGCUGCUUUCCACAAAGGGUGGUUUUAGCUACUGGAUAGGCAUUUGAAAACCCUCUCCUUGACCGGAUUAUCCUUGCAUUUUUCUCCCUGCACAUCCCCAGGUUAAUAGAGAAGGGAGCGGUGACUGCCAUCUUGGUAAAUGCACGCCCACAUUGGGCAAAAAGAGAAAUAGAAACGAUAAAAAUGCUCAUGGAAUUACUUUUGCAGGUACAUAAAAUUAAGCAAUGGCCUGAACGCUCUGCUGAUUUCUGACUUAUAUAUGGAUGACUGCAAUUCUUCUGAGGCGUCAGAAGAGGAAGACAUGUCCUCUGAUACAGACGAUGGGAAAGACAGCAGCUUUGAGGACGAGAAGUAUGGGAAUGUGGAAGAAUUUGGAGAAGUACUUGGAGGAAGAGAGGCCACUAUUGAAGGUUAUGGUGGAGUUCUAAGUGGUCUUGGUAAAAAAGGUAAACAAAAAGAGCGUCGUGAAAGCAGAAUCAAAGACGAGAACGAUGACUAUGAAAUUUAUGAACAGCUAGUCAAGAAAGAAGAGGAAAAUAAGAUGGACAGCACAGAAAAGCAGGUACGUUAGCAAGCAGCACAACUGCAUGUUGACCAGGCAACCUUUUCCCUAAGCUAAAUAUUUGACACACAACAAAAAGGGAAACCUGUAAGGUAUGUUCAACAGGGAGGAGCAACAAAUCAGUGAGUAUACCUUUACAAUACACCUCUCUAUGCAAGCCUCUUUUAGCCACAUUUUUAAUUUUUGUAGGUGUAUACCUAUAUAUUAUUUGAGUUGGCUCAUACGACAGUGGUUUUUAACCUUUAUUAAUAUAUAUUUUCCAUUUUUAACCUGCCCUUCAAAAUGAAAUCUUUCCAAAGGCGGUUUACAAAAUGGAUAAAAGCAAUAGUGAUGAACAAGGAAAUGGAAUAUCACAGCAUGUUUCAUGGAGGAAAGCGCUAUCAAAGUCAUGGCUAUGCUCCACCUUCAUGGUCAGAUGCAGUAAUGAUUCUGAAUACCAGUUUCUGGAAACCACAGGAGGAAUAAGGUUUUGAGUCCUCUAUGAAAGGGGGAGAAUGAGCUAUACUUCUGACUGGAUUGGAUGGAGGGGCAGUGCACAGAAAAUUUUUCAUAGAACUAAUACUUACUUACACAAUAUGGAAAAUACAGGUAACAACAAAGAGAAUUUUGGUGUCAACAACAACAUAUUAUAUUACUUAUACACCACCCAUCUGACUGGGUUGCCCCAGCCACUCUGAGCGGCUUCUAACAUAAUAAAAACACAGCAAAAUAUCAAGCAUUAUCCCAAUACAGGGCUGGCUUCAGAAGUCUUCAGAAAGUUGUGUAGUUCUUUUAUCUCCUUGACAUCUGAAGGGAGGGCAUUCCACGGGGCAGGCACCACUACUGAGAAGGCCUUCUGCCUGGUUCCCUGUAACUUCUCUUUUUGCAGAGAAGGAACCACCAGAAGGCCCUUGGAGCUGGAGACACACCUCACCAUACACUGAAAGCACAUUAUUGCCCCUCCAACAAAUCCUGGGAACUGUAGUUCUAGGCUAAGCUACAGCUCCCAGUAUUCUUUGGGGGAAAUAAUUUGCAUUCAAUGUGCUUUAAAUUUAUGGUGUGAAUGAAGCCUAAGUCUUGAUCUGUUUUCUUUAAGAUGGGGAAGCAUUGUGAUGGAACUGGAAUUCUUUUAUAUUGGGGAAACAUGCUGCUUUCUUUGUGAUAUAAUGUCUAUCCUCCCUCCCUCUCUCUCUCUCUCUCUCUCUCUCUAUAUAUAUAUAUUACAGUCUGCAGCUGCCCUUGCUGUUGGUGUUGGCAGUUUCUGUGACCCUGAUGAUUUACCUGGACUAGCUCAUUUUUUGGAGCACAGUACGUAGCUACUUCUAUAUGUCUUUCUACCAAAAAAGAAAGCCACGGAAAAGAUAGUCUAUAAUUUAUUGGCCUGGGAGGCAGUUUUCUGGAAUCAAAACACAAUUAUCAAUAUUUUCUUUUACUCACAGCUUGAAACUGAUUUAUAGUUUUAUUUUAAAAGUUGAUGAAAUCAUGGUUGAAAAGAAUUAAUAGAUUAAUAAUAAAUAAACUUAGCAGUUAAUGGCCCGAAGAAAGCAAUGUCUUCCCAUAAUCUCAUACCCUCCUCAGCUUGGUGUCUCCAGAUAUUUUGGACUCCAGAGCCCACUAGCUCCAGCCAGUAUGCCCAAUGGUCAGGGAUGGUGGGAUGUAUUCCAAAACAUCAGACUUGAGGAAGGUUUUGUGAACAUAUCUGCAUAUUGAAAUCAUUGGGGUGGUUGGGGAACCCUGCUUUAUUUGCCUGCUCUGUGAUACCAUGCGAUAUGCAGUACCACAUUUGAGGGGGACCUUCCAAAAUCCUUCCUAGUGGACCAUUCUAGUGGUUGCCUAGCAGUAACAACUGAGUCUGGGAAGCCACCCACCUUUUAAGUUUCCCAUAAUGCCUCAGAGCAACACCACAUUAGAUCAGGGGUCACCAACCUUUCUUGGCCCAUGGGCACAUUUGCAAACCCACACACAGUUCAUAACCAAGGACACACCAGCAAACUAUCCUGAAGUACAAAGCUUCUUCUGAGCCUCAUUUCAGAGGUCUAGGAGGGGAGAAGACUUCUGUGUGUACUCUGUGGCACUGCAGGGGGAGGUUAAAACAGCAGGCACUUUCCCAGAUUCUGUUGCUGCCACCAGAUAAACUCAUGGCUGAGGGAAAAGGCAGUCUGGAGGGCCCAAACAAUGCUUGUGGGUUCUGCUACAGCACCUGGAUCUUAGGAGCUGCCCAAGGUUCCAAGUGCUGAGAUUGGCCUUGGAUUCAGAGCAGAGUCUGCUCUGCAGUGACAGCAUCAAGCCAACAGUAAAUUACACCGAGCAAGUUGGAGAUGACUAUUAGCAAAAACAGGAUCUGCACUAAUGAGCACUGCUGAAGAAAUGCAACCUGUGCCGUUAAUAACAAUUGUGCAACCCCAUACAGCACAUAGGCGGCAAUUAUUCACACAAUUAAUAAAUAAAAUAAAAAUAACCUGUGCUGUUAAUAAUGAUUGUGCAACCCAUACCGCACAUAGGCGGCAAUUAUUCACACAAUUAAUAAAUAAAAUAAAAAUAACCUGUGCUGUUAAUAAUGAUUGUGCAACCCGUACAACACAUAGGCGGCAAUUAUUCACACAAUUAAUAAAUAAAAUAAAAAUAAUAAAUAUCUGACGCUGCAAGUUCACUUUAUUUUAGAUAGCUUAUAAGUUUUCAUGGCACUUUGUAAGUAGUUGUCUUAUUCUCACAAAUUUGAUAAAUGGUGAAAAAUUGUUUUUGAACAAGAAUAUUAAUUGUGUGAAUAAUUGCUGCCUAUGUGCUGUAUGGGUCACACAGGCCUAAUGAGCACAGCAACUCAUCUCCGGCAGGUCUUGCCCCGUGAAGCAAUUGCUGAGAUGGAAGCUCCAUGCCCCUCACCAGCUGCCUAAGUCCCCUUCUCUCCAGAGUUUUCCCAAGAAACUGGAGACUACGGCAGCAUGAAACUGACUUCUCCCUCCUCCACCCUCUUCAUGCCUCUCCUGGUUCUGGGAGAUGUGGAGGAAGGGGAGCUUGUCACAGCAGGAGGGGAAGACACCCUAACUUCUUCACCAGAUUGAUUCACUUCUGCCUCUUGGCCUCCCUCCUCCCCUGCUUCAACUUCUGACUCUGACUCUGCACAUCUCUCUGCCACAGACUCUCCCUGCUCACUAAGCCCUGUGACCUCUUCAGCUUCAGACACUUCCUCCCAGGGCUCUGAAAUUUCUUGCCUUGGGGGUUCCCAGCUGGUUCCUCCCACCAUUCUUCUGUGUCCAGCCAGUGUGUGACAGUAGUGUAAUGACCCCAGUGUUAUAAAACCAUCCCCCCAGCCUUUGAGGUUUGCCACAAUCAAGUCUUGCACUCCUUCCAAUGUAUCGCGAAAGCUGUUUGGCUUAAAGCAAAAAGAUUCAGCAAGAGAUAUGCAUGGGGUUCAUUGAAAUGAUCAGCAGCAGUACAUGCUCUGAGCAUAUCCCAGGAUUGGAAGGCAUGCACCCAAUUUUUUCAAUGUUUUCUUUCAGUGGUGUUUAUGGGUAGCCAGAAAUACCCAGAUGAGAAUGGGUUCGAUACAUUCUUAAAGAAGCACGGAGGCUCAGACAAUGCUUCGACAGACACAGAGCGAACAGUCUUCCAUUUUGAUAUCCAGAAAAAAUAUUUUAGGGAAGCCCUCGACAGGUAACUUUGCAACACAAAACCAAAUAACAACCAGGAAGAUGUACGCUAGAGGAGUGGGAGUGAGAAGCAAUGUGCAAAGUUAUUAAUGGUCAUGAUAUGCAGUUCCCACUAUCUGAACACAAUGCAUUCUCAGGAAACAGUUUGCGAGGUGAGCAUUCUUAUAACAAGUAACAAUUUCCACUGAUUCUUAUGGGGAAUUUUGACCCCCAAAUGAUGGGGGAGAGCAGGGAAACUCCAGGAAACCCUAUGAAACCUUGCAAAAGGCAACCAUGGAAGAAAAAAAAAUGCUCUUAUUUGUCCUAUCUCUUCUCUUUCCUUCCCCCCCACCCACCAUGAUUUUUGGCAAAACGACUGCCACAUAUGAGCAGAACACAAGAAAUAAGACUUUUUUGAGGCUGUUUAUUUAGAGUACUAAACUCAGGUCUGGCUGUUUGGAUAUCUGAAUCUGUGGGGGACGUAUAGCAAGGUUUGGGUACUAAUUCCUCAUGUUUGGAUAAGUGAAAUUUUGUAAAACAAGUGUUUGGAUAGCAGGACCAGUGUGUACUGGUAAUUUUAAAUGGUCUACUCUGAGUAAGUUACUUGAACUGUAUAUCCCAAGGGACUGUAUAUGCACUUUUGAAAACAGAAUAUUAUAGUUCUGCUUUUCAGCACAGCAGAAACCCGAUUUUCAAUUUCUCUUGUAGAUGGGCACAAUUUUUCAUCCAGCCACUGAUGAUUAAGGAUGCAAUUGACCGAGAAGUUGAAGCUGUAGAUAGUGGUAAAACAAAUGGGUUUGAUCUAAUUUUUUAUUGUUGAUAUUCUUGCAAUUCUUAAGAGAAACGAUCUCAUCAGGUUUAAGUAGCAUUCCCAUCAUGAAAUCUGGAUGACCCAUGUUUUAUGUAACCACUUUAUAAAAGUAAUAUUUAGAUACAAUGGCCACAAUCCAAAUAUUUAAGCCUCCUUAAGCCCUUUGAAAUAAUGGUCUUAAGACUGUUUAACUUUAUGUUGGAUUGUGGUCAAUAAAUUUUGAGAGUGUAAUUUUAUCAGUUCCCAGAGCAUACCGAACUAGGUAAUUAACUGUAAGGCUGCAGUUCUAAGCAUAUCUUCAGGAAAUAAAUCCCAUUGAAUUCAGUAGGACUUUAAAUGCAUUCAGGCUAUAAGUUGUUAUAAAAUGUGGAGAUAUGUCACUUUCUGGUGUGAGUUCACAAUGUGUGUUAAUUGUGAGGAUGACAUGGGUGACGGGCUAAGAGGAAAAGAGUGACUACCUUUGUCUAACUCUAGUCUUUUAUGUCUGAGGUUAAAUACAAAGCUUCACAAAGCACAGCAGACAACGUGGGUUUCUCACUGUAGGAAAAAUUAUUUCCCCUCCAACCCAUGCAUCCUGGAUUUUUCAACUGUGCUUCCAAACUUUAGAUCUAAUCUUCAGCUGUCUGAUUUUGUGGAUAUAUUCUCUUUAAUUUCCGAGUCCUCAUUUGUAAAGCAGGACUAUUAAUGGCCUACCUCUUUAGUCUGAUAGGAUUUUAGAGCUGUAAUCCCAUUUAAAAUUGGCCUUGCACACUUUGUGAAAUAUUCAACAGGCUGCAGUACAAUCAGAGCGUAGGACAGGAUCUGGUGCUAGAUAUUGCUGUGCCAGGCUCAGUUCCAGACCCCAGAUUUUGUCCUGCAUUCAUAUCAUACUGCAGAGCAUUGAAUCUGGCUCCCUUUUUUUGCAAACUAUUUUACACUGCACAUCUAUGCCUGCCUUCUUGUAGGGAUAGAGGAGAAAUUAGAUCCUGUUUGCAUUUAAAGGUGAAUCUAUCCAAUUUGCAAUUUUCUGAAACAAUAUGAGAAUUGAAACACAGCCAUCCUUUGAAAUUUGCCCUUCUCCCAAUUUUGUGAUGUGGUUCUCCCAACCAAUCAAUGUUUACAAGAACACAUAUACUGAGGAGAGUGUGCCUAAAAAUGAAUACAUUAGUGAAAUACAAAAGCACAUUGCAUUAGGGGAAAUCACUUUAAAAAAUGUGCAUCUUAUUCUAAACUGCAUACAAAAAUGUUUUUAUUAGGAGACGCAGAGAAAUGGUCAUACUGCAGGCUCUAGAGUUAGGCAGUUAAAAGCAUGGCAGGUGACAAGAAUAGCCAUUACAUAUGGAAAAAAGGCCCUGGUAUGUCAAGAAAUGGAACCUUUGGACAGGGAGAGGGUAGAAAGGAGGAAGCUGCUCACAACCACCUUGGGGACAGCCUUUUCCUGCAUACAAAACAUUGUAUGCCAGCAAAUGUGUACAGAAUGCUCAAAGGAUGGUGUUUGAUGAAUGGCUGGAUGGACCACACUUUCCUGCUUAGGAUAUAGCUGCAGUUCAGCAAUCCACGUUUAGCAAUCCAGUACAUUUCCGAGCACAAUUCAAAGUGUUGGUGCUGACCUUUAAAGUCUUGGUCCUGUAUACCUGAAGGAGCAUCUCCACUCCAAUCAUUCAGCCUGGACACUGAGAUCGGGUGCCGAGGGCCUUCUGGUGGUUCCCUCAUUGCGAGAAGUGAAGUUACAGGGAACCAGACAGAGGCCCUUCUCAGUAGUGGCGCCCGCCCUGUGGAACGCCCUCCCAUCAAGGAAAUAAGCAGCUAUCCCACUUUUAAAAGAUGUCUGAAGGCAGCCCUGUUUAGGGAAGUUUUUAAUAUUUAAAGCUGUAUUGUUUUUAACACUCGAUUGGGAGCCGCCCAGAGUGCCUGGGGAAACUCAGCCAGAUGGGUGGGGUAUAAAUUAUUAUUAUUAUUAUUAUUAUUAUUAUUAUUAUUAUGCAAAAAAGGCAAACUGGAGGAUAGGUCUGAGUCAAAGCAGUGCUAUACAGAUGCUGGUUAUCAGAUACACAAAAGUUAGUUUUCUGUACCAUUCUUACCAUUAGGGAGUGCACCAUAGACAAGAUACCAGUGUGGACAGCAGGGGCGUAGCAUGGGGCUGCCAGGGGGAGGGUGGCCGCGAGUGCACAAUUCUUGUGGGGGCACAGACCAGGCCACCCCAUGCAGGCAAGCCCAGCCCAGCCUAUUGCUCCUCUCCACACGGCUGAGGUCGGCCCCACUUUGCUCCAUUGCGGUCACUCUGGCAGCGUCAGUGGUGAGGGCUGGGCUAGCACCCCUUUCCGCUGCUCAGUGCACACACUGGCUAGGCGCCAACAACCAACGCUACAUCGCUGGUAGACAGCUUUAAAAGGGGACUCGACAAAUGUAUGGAGAAUAUGGUGACCAAUAGCUGCUGGUCAAUAUAUUACCUCCACUAUCAGAGAUGGCUGUAUCUUGCCUCCAGUAUCAAAGGUAACUGCAUACCAGUCGCUAGGGAACAUGAGUAGGAAAACACUGUUGUGCUCGCAUCCUGUUUGGGCAUUUGGUUUGCCACUGUGGGAACAGAAUGGUGAACUAGGUGGGCCUUUGGUCUGAUCCAGCAAAGCUCUUCUUAUGAAUUAAAGGGCCACUGUGAUCUCUUCCUUUCCUUGCCACCCUGCUCAUCCCAUGGCACCAUGUUGACAUGGACCUAAAGGAAGAGAAGGCAAUUACCGCAGCUCCCACAGCUUCCAUUUUCCUUGUGAUGCUGGCUAUUUCUGUUCAUUUAAUGGGCAGUGCCUCCCUUCCCUGGUGCCCUGGGAACUCCAUGAUUCAGCCCAUCAGAUGUAUGCAGCAGAAUGGUUUGUCUCUUUCCAUCCCUCUCAUUGUAGAUGAGGUAGGUAGGUCAGUUCAUCCGCUGCUGCUUCGUGUAUGUGUGUUAUUAGGCUGUCUCCUUGUCUAAAUGAUCUUAUCACUGAAAAAGGUACUCUCCCUUCUGCUGCUUAAUGUGUUCUUCAAAACAAACAGAAUAUCAAAUAGCCAGGCCCUCUGAUGCUAACAGAAGAGAAUUGCUCCUUGGAAGCCUUGCAAAACAAGGACAUCCUAUGAGAAAAUUCUUUUGGGGUAAGUAUAAUGUUGCGAGGUUCAGUUUAAAGUGUGGGGUUUUAGUUUAAAAGCAUUAGGGAAUUCUUGAGCUGUUGUACUUGAACAAAAGCCCUUAAUUCUGGUUCCUUCCAAAGAUCUUUGGCUGGUGGUUGGUUGUUGUUUUUUUUCUGAAUUGCUUCAUUUCUGCUUAGUUUGGGAUUUAACCCAGCAUAGCCCUGAAACGCAAGCCCUGGCAAACAAAUUUAGCAGAUUAUUUUUGACCAGCUGAUUACAUGAAGUUGGCCUGUCAACCCUGCAGAAUAGCAGGUCAGGCAGCCAUUACUCCCAGCCCUGACUUCAUAGUGCAUAUUAACUCAGUAGACAUAAGACAACAGAGUGAUUGAGUAGUGGGGGCACAUUGUUACGGUCUAUAACAACAACCCGGCAUUGAAGAACAAAAAUACUGUUCCCAUCAUGCCAACACUGGACCUGGAUGACAGACUAAAUCCUUCUCUCCCCUAUCACCCAUGGGCCAAUGACAUGAGGUGUCCCGUUUUUGCCCAUGUAGAUGAUCAGCUGAUGUCCUACCUUUACAAACCCCAUUUGGUCCAGUUAUAUCUAGAAUCAGGUGUUGAACAGGCAGACAAGACUUGGCCAAAUGACCAGGUGGGCUAAAUGGGGAGGCCUGGUGAGCCUAAUUAGGCUUUUGGGCCAGAGGUUCCCAACCCCUGAAAUAGGGGAAGAGCCAUAGUUGGAACAGAUGCUCCGCCUGAAAAUGGUCUCAGGUUCAAUCAUUGGUGUCUCCUCGAGAAGGUUGUAAAGGACUCCUAUCUGAAAUCCUUGAGAGUUUCUGCCCUUGGAUUGCUAAAAGGACUGAUAAUCUGACUUACUGUAUUUACUCGAGUCCAAUGUGCCAUCGAAUCUAAUGCGCACCUCAAUUUUCAGAACCUUGAAACCAAAAAAGGUAUUUGCUGGCAAAUGUAAAUGUGCCAUCGAAUCUAAUGCACACCUUAAUUUUGGCAACGUAAUUUGGCCCAAAAAAGUGAGCAUUAAAUUCGAGUGAAUAUGGUAUUAUAAGAGAGCUGCUUAGGUUCCUGAGACAUCUGGAAAUAUCCAUAAUUUCCCAUUAUUUGGGUGAGACUUGUUUAUUAGGUGGAACUUCUAACUGAAUGCAGUGUAACUGUCAAGAUUGAUAUUCAUGACUUGGGCUAAUCAUGCUAAAAUAAAAAAUAAAAAAUAGAUGCAUGAUUGGUCCUGGAGAAGCUUUUUAGGACUAGGAUAUCUGAUUCACGAACAUGCAAACUUAAAACCCCCGCUGAUUUCAAAGUCAGAAAGCAAAUCUCUUCCCGUUAAAAAUUUGCAGGUAAUGCGGAGACACUUAAACAUUCGCCGAAAAGGAACAGAAUUAACACCUAUCAGAGGCUUAGGGAUUUCAGGACGCGUCACUACUCAGCCCACUAUAUGAAUCUAGUUGUCCAAUCUAGAGGUAUAAAAAUCUCCCUGUGCUGAACUAUAAGUUAUAUAUAUGUGAGUAUGCAUGUGUGUUAUACAAUGCUAUGUUAAGUUGUUGGUUGGGGGGUGCACGUAUGUUUGGAAGAAUUUUGUCAUGGUUCGUAUGAGAUCGCAUACCAUGAACUGUUUUGCUGACAAUGCAGCGCCCAAGAUAAGUAACUUUAUGACUACAGGGGUCACCUAUGCCAGUACAGUGGUACCUUGGGUUACAGACGCUUCAGGUUACAGACGCUUCAGGUUACAGACUCCACUAACCCAGAAAUAGUACCUCGGGUUAAGAACUUUGGUUCAAGAUGAGAACAGAAAUUGCGUGGCAGUGGCGCAGUGGCAGUGGGAGGCCCCAUUAGCUAAAGUGGUACCUCAGGUUAAGAACAGUUUCAGGUUAAGGACGGACCUCCAGAACGAAUUAAAUUCUUAACCUGAAGUACCGCGGGUUAAACCACAGUGCCUAGGACUUGCUGAUCGAAAGGUCGGUGGUUCGAAUCCCCGCGCGACGGGGUGAGUUCCCGUCGUUCAGUCCCAGCUCCUGCCCACCUAGCAGUUCAAAAGCACCCCAAAGUGCAAGUAGAUAAAUAGGGACCGCACUCCAGCUGGAAGGUAAACAGCGUUUCCUUGUGCUGCGCUGGUGCUGGCUCGCCAGCUGCGGCUUAGUCACACUGGCCACAUGACCCGGAAGCUGUCUUCAGACAAGCGCCGGCUCCCGGCAUCUUGAGCGAGAUGAGCGCGCAACCCCAGAGUCGGUCACGACUGGACCUGUUGGUCAGGGGUACCUUUACCUUUACCACUGUACCUCCUUUGGCACCCACAAAAAAUAUCUCAGUGAAUGGGAGACUGUUUGCUCUUCCUGCUCAGUUCAUAUUCAGACUGACUCAGCUUCUACUACAACAAAUACUUGCUCUUAAAUAAGCCCACAUUUCUUGAGAUGCCUGGAUUGGAAACUUACCCUCUCUUCUGUUCUGAAAGGGAAGAUAGAGAUGCAAAGAGCUUUUCUCUGUGUAUGAACAUGGCAGUGGGUGAAAUAUGUACUUUUCCCCAUUGAUGGAGGGGCGCCCAUCGACACUAUUUUGUUGUCCAGUCUAUUUUUCUACUUCUUUCAGUGUGGCAGCCAUUUUAUAUGAUUGAGACAUAGUUCACCCCAGGCCUUCCUGCGUUUAUGAUGUAAUUCACUUAACACCAAAACGAUAUUUAAGCAGCUUACAAAGACUUAUAGAUAUGGUACAUAGAUAGAUAUGCAUAUAGAAUGUACAUACAGUGGUACCUCGGGUUAAGAAUUUAAUUCGUUCUUGAGGUCCGUUCUUAACCUGAAACUGUUCUUAACCUGAGGUACCACUUUAGCUAAUGGGGCCUCCCCUUGCCACUGCGCAAUUUCUGUUCUCAUCCUGAAGCAAAGUUCUUAAUCCGAGGUACUACUUCUGGGUUAGCGGAGUCUGUAACCUGAAGUGUCUGUAACCCGAUGUACCACUGUAUUUCAUUUUAUAAGCAUUUGCACAAAAUAAAACAAUAAAACUAAAACGCAACAGUACUAUGUAAUGCAAUAAAGUUCUAGAAAGGUAAAAAGCAUAGCAUCACACUUUCAAAAUAUUGUAAGGGUCAGGGAAAGUCUGCUGGAACAGACAAAUCUUCAAUUGCUUGAAGUGUUCUCGUGUUUAGUGUCUCCUGAACUGCAAGUUUAGUGUGGAUGUUUUCACUGGGUAUCUUUCAGGGUUCUUAAUCACACAGGGAGAUUCCACGCACAGAAAGGGUUCCCUACUAUAUCAAUGUUUUUCGUUUGGUGAGUAAUGCCUGAAUAAGAGUAACUGAGAAGGUUGCUGGUCUGAUACAAAAGGCAAAUCAUAGGGUGAAGGUUUAUUAGGUAUAAUGUGACUAGGUAGUUCAUUGAGGAUGAACAUCAAAACGAAGUGUGGAAAAAGUUGGGAGCUCCUGCAACUUUGCCAUUUAGUUGAUGCAAACAUCUAUGCAUUGUGGGUUGUAGCAAACAAAUUAAUUGCACAUGUGGAAGGACUUCCAUUUGUACAAUGGAAAUCCCCAUGCCUUGCCUUCCCUAUCACCCCUCACCUGAAAUGUGCUCUUUAGGCUUGGGGAAAACCCCAUAGCAGAUUUGAGAUGGUGUGGGUGACGCAUAGGAGGAAGAGGAAUGAGAAGUACCAUUGAUGAGUGGAAUUUGUUCCAUCAGUGCAAUGACUUCUUUCUACAGCCCCAUGUGUUCAUAAUAUUUAAGAAUGCUGCUUCAAUGUUAUCACCUUAACUUUGUCCUUGUGAGAACAUAUUGCUUUCUUUCUCCUCCCCCUUCUUCUUCUUCUUCUUCUUCUUCUUCUUCUUCUUCUCUCUCUCUCUCUAUCUCAAUAUUUCAAUAUUUCUUUAUUAGAAACUCUGGACACUUUGGAGAAAUGGGUGACGGAAAUUUUCUCACAGAUCCCAAAUAAGUAAGAAAUUUUGUUGUUGUUCUUUAUCCUAAAACUGUUGAUGGCUUGCAAAAUCUGAUACUUUGUGACAUAUCAAUGACAUAUCAAUUAGAAAUAUAAAAGAGAAAGAAUACGGUCAAAUAUUACUAUGCAUUCCUAAGAUAUAAUUGUAAGGUGGAGUUUAUGUGUAGCGUUGGUUUUUUUUACCAGUUUUAUCCUCUUUAUCAUAGACCUUUACUUUACCAGAUCUAUUUUUGUUGAAUUCUGCCAAGCCAGGGAAGAGAAUCAAAGAAUUAUAUUAAGGGCAAGAGAACUAGAUAUUUGAGAAAUAGAUGGAAGUACUAGUAAAAGGUACUGACCCUUGACUUCCUUUUAAUUAGAAAUACAAUAGGGCAAGGACAAACAUUAGAUUGGAAAUGCUGGGUCUUCCACCAAACUUGUAAUCAGUGUCAAGGAAAUAAAUUCCGUUCUGAGAACCCACUAAAGCAAAGGCUCAGAUGUAGCCAUAGCAUCCCAUGAAAAUAAUGUGUAAUUAACUAUGCAGUCUUAGUUCAAUGCAAACCUGUGCAUAUCUACUCAGAAGCAAAUAACAUUGAAUUCAAUAGGAUUUAGUCCCUUGUAAGUGUCCAUUGGGUUGCCACCUAAAUAUAUAAAUAUUUGGAGGAGAGCAGGAAUCAGUGGGAAUUGCAAUUUAUUUAUUUAUUGUUUCUUUAUUGUUUUUAAGUGGAUUACCCAAACCAACUUUUGGUCAUCUGCCACAGCCGUUUGACACACCUGCAUUUCACAAGCUUUACAAAGGUAAUUAGUCUCAACCCAAAAAAUUUUAUCGUUGGGAAAUCUGAAGGGAUAUCACUUACCAAACUGAGGACCCAUGUACACUGUUCCGUUAAAACAUUAAAAAUGUGUUGUAAAAAUGUGACACCAGAAGGCGAUGUAGAGCAGCAAUCCAUUGUCAAUGGAAAAUUGCAUCAGAGCUACAUUGCUUUUUUUAAAAAAAACCUUUACUGUCCCAGGAUGGGUUACAACUACAGCUAAAAAAACAAGAAAAGUGUAAAUAUAAUUUAAAACAGGUCUCUAUAUUUUUUAAAAAAAAACCAAUAAAAAUAUUUAAAACAAUUACAUUGUUUUACAUGGUUUUAAAUAGUUCAAAUAUAGAUGCAAUGUGGGGUAAAUAUCUCUACUGACAAGACAUAUUGGAAGAAGAAGUUCUCCACUCAAAGUCCACCUCAGCCACAAGGUCACAGUGUGACCUUAAGGCAAGCUACUAUCUUAGCUUCAGCUGUCUCUAAUAUGUCUCUCCUGUUUUGGUUUCUUCAGCCACAGCAGGCUCUGUAACUCUCCAGUGCCAGUGUGGUGUAGUGGUUAAGAGCGAUAGACUCGUAAUCUGGUGAACCGGGUUCGAUUCCCUGCUCCUUCACAUGCAGCUGCUGGGUGACCUUGGGCUAGUCACACUUCUUUUAAGUCUCUCAGCCUCACUCACCUCAGAGAGUGUUUGUUGUGGGGGAAGAAGGGAAAGGAGAAUGUGAGCCGCUUUGAGACUCCUUCGGGUAGUGAUAAAGUGGGAUAUCAAAUCCAAACUCUUCUUCUUCUUCUCCAGUUGUUUGACUAUGCCCCUGAAGGUGCACUCUUCCAUUGCCUCCUGAGACAAACGGAUGCCAACUUUGGGUGUUUUUUUACAUGGCCUUAUAACCUUUGGAAGCAAUAUGUGUGCAUGUUUAUUCCUCUCACCACCUCUUUCGUUUCCCUUGCCCGUUUUCUCAAAGUCUGCUGCAAGAAUAACCACCCAUGUGAAUGUUUGAAAUUGACUCAUUUCUCCUGCCUCAGUUGUUCCAGUGAAAGAAAUACAUUCUCUGAGCAUCUCUUGGAGUCUUCCCCCACAAGAAAAGAAUUAUCGGUAAGAGAUCAUUUUAAACCUACUUCCAUUUAUACAACGCAGUAGUCAGACUGAGUCCAAACCAAAGGCCAGGCGGAACAGCUCUGUCUUGCAGGCCCUGCAGAAAGAUGUCAAGUCCCGCAGGGCCCAGUCUCUUGUGACAGAGCAUUCCACCAAGUCGGGGCCAGUACUGAAAAGACCCUGGCCCUGGUUGAGACUAACCUAACCACCUUGUGACUUGGGACCUCCAAAAUGUUGUCAUUUGUGGACCUUAAGGUCCUCCGCGGGGCAUACCAGGAGAGGCAGUCCCAUAGGUACGUUGGUCCUAGGCCACAUAGAGCUUUAAAGGUCAAAACCAGCACCUUAAACCUGUCCCUGUACUCCACCGGGCCACCUGGUUCUGUAUCAUCUCACUGGCAGGCAGUAGCUCUUCAGGAUUUCAGACAGGAAUCUCUCCCCACCCUAACUGGAGAUGCCAAGGAUUGAACCUAAGACUUUCUGCAUGCAAAGCAGAUGCUCUACCAUUGAGCUAUGGUCCUUCCCUUUAUUGUCUAUGAAGCUAUUCAGCAUAUAACCAUGCAAUCCAGUUUGCCAGAAUUGCCCAAAGUGUUCCUCAGUGCAUAGCUGACAAGUCCAUUUUGGCAAAACCAUGGAGUUCAAACCCACCAAGUCCCUAGUUCCAUGAUCUGCUGUGCAAAAGAAAAAGGGGAAAGGAUCAAAUAACUCUUGGGUAAUAGUGUCGCAGUGCAACACCGAGGUUCAGUACAACAUUAUGAAAAGUUGAAGAAUGGAUUGGUUAAGUUAAAGACAGAUGAUUAAAGAAAAGGAGACAAGUGUUGGAGUUAGGAGUUUAGGGGCAAAUGUCAAACUUAUUUAACUUAUUUAAUGUUUCCCCCAAUCUUUGUAGGACUAAGCCUCUUCAUUACCUCUCCUGGCUGGUGGGACAUGAAGGCAAUGGCAGUGUGCUCUCGCUUCUGAGGAAAAAGUAUGUCUUGAAGAUUUUGCUUUGUCAAGUUUAUCUUAUGUUGCGUGAUGAAACAGCUAAACAUGUCAAAUUAUCCCUUUUGAAUAUUGAGAGGCAGUAAGAUGACUUACAGGUUCUGAGACACUUUGAGCUGUUUUGAGUAUGCAUAAAUCACCUCUUCUCUGCUUUAUUUGCUUGUAAACUUUCAUCUGUUUUUUGGUUGCAUUUUUGUUUUAACGGGUAUUGAAUUUGAAUAGAUAUUGGUUUUUAUAUUGGAGUCAUAAUGGAUGUUGCAUCCAGCUCUGUCACUGAAACCACAGCUCAGUUUGAUGACAAAGAGGGUCUUUUUUCCAGCUUUGGUCAGCAAGACAGCUACAGCUGUUCCUUGAUCAGGGUAGCUUGACCACAGUUGUCCAAGGAUUUGAUAAUCUCAUGGUUGGAGUAUUGCAAUGUUCUCUGAGUGGGGCUACCCUUGAGGUAGAUCUGGAGUCUGAAGCUGGUACAGAACACAAUUACUAGGUUGCUUGUGGGGGCAAACUACCGCCAGCAUAUAUUUCCUGCAUUGCAGGGGGGUUGGACUGUAUGGACCUCGGGUCCCUUCCAACUCUACAAUUCUAUGAUAUCCUGCUUGUGGGAUUUGACUGGCUGCCAGUCUGCUGCAGGGCCAAGUUCGAGGUUUUGGUACUAACAUAUAAGGCCCAGAACCAGGUUACUUGAGACACUGUUUUAGCCCUUAUAUACCUAGUAGGUCACUGCAGUCUGCAAGAGAGCUUCUGCUGAACAAGGCAGAGAUUUCAGUGUGGUUGCCCCAUGGCUUGCAAUGUAGCUGCCCCUCUUCUCUGGAAUAGCAUUCAUGUCAAGAUACCACAGGCACAGACUUUCUGCAUUUUCCGGAAGCAACUGAAGAUAGUUUGGUUCCGACAAGCCUCUCUUGGUUGAUUAAUGAAUCUCUGCCAUGGAUGUCUAUUUAUUUUGCUGUUGCUUUUUAAAACAUAAAUGCUUUUUGUGCUUUUGCCUGUUUGUUUUUGUUUUUGCUGUUGCUAUUUUUUAUUGUACACCACCUUGAGAUAGGUAGAAUGUGAUUACCAACAAUAAUGUACAUAGCUUAGGGGUUGUUGUUUUUUUACUUAUCAAACAGUUUAGAAAUGCUUUUAAAUAAAAUAGUAAUCAUCUCAAGUUACCCACCUUACUGCUUGGGUUGAUUUCCUGAUUCUACAAAUGAUUAUGUCUUUGUUAAAAACCAGAAAGUCAUUCCAGAUCAAUGCACUGCAAAUCAUGUUUAUCAAAUGACAAAGUUUUCUAGUAGGAUGGGUUGCUGUGUGUGUGUGUGUGUGUGUGUGUGAGAGAGAGAGAGAGAGAGAGAGAGAGAGAGAGAGAAUUGCAAAUAAAUUUGCAUUUUGCACCUAUAAGUACCUUUUUGAGGAUAUUCAAGGUCAUGGAAGAUCACUUACCCUUUUAUGUUAUUUUUGAAGUGGCACACAUUUCUAAAAGCAAAGCAUCCUUAAUUCCACCUCUCUUCACAGUUCAUUGUGACAGUAAUACACUCAAAGGUAAGAUGCUUUAAAAGAUGCAAUGUGGUUCAUCUGCAUAAUCAUGGUCUUAAUUUUGCAAUAGAUUUUGGGCUCUUGCAUUAUUUGGAGGAAAUGGUGAGACAGGAUUUGAACAAAACUCUACUUACUCCAUCUUCAGCAUCUCUGUGACUUUGACUGAUGAAGGUUUUGAACAUUUUUAUGAGGUAAAUUUCCCUUGUUGUUAUUUAUUCACUUUUAUUAUUUACAAAACAUGAUCUAACCCUGAAACAGACAGGCAUAACUAUCAGUACAAAGGACAGAGGGCUGUAGCCAGCUAACUUUUACCCAGAGUAGUUCCAUAGAAAUGAAUGGAACCGAAGUUAAUAUGACUAACUUGAAUAUGAUUAUAAGGGGGGGUGGGUUAUAGAGUAUAGUAAAAACAAUAAUUAUGAAAAGUUAAUUUGUAGAUAUUAAAUGUAUAUUGAGUAUAUAAUAGAUUUUGAGCCACUGCCACUGCUGCCCGGGAAAGUGUAGACAAUACUGAGUUGGAUUAGGCCAAUGGCCUGACUUGAUAUAAGUUUGCUUCCUAUGUUCUCAUGUGAACAGCUGUUUGCACCAGGCUAAUCCACACUACCGUUUGCCCCACUGCUUUCUCCCAGGAAAACAUGUUGUUUAGCGCCACUGAAUCAGAGCAAACAGCAAACAGCUUUUCUGCAGGCUGCUGUUUGUUCUGAUUUAUCGCUAAAGAGUAGGUUUUCCUGGGGAAAGCAGCAAGGCAAAGACAAAAUCGCUUGGACCUGUGCCUAAAAAGCAUGAGGUAAGUGGGAAACUAGGGAUGUGGGUGGCACUAUAGGUUAAACCACAGAACCUAGAACUUGCUGAUCAGAAGGUUGGCGGUUCAAAUCCCCGCGACGGGGUGAGCUCCCGUUGCUUGGUCCCUGCUCCUGCCAACCUAGCAGGUCGAAAGCACGUCAAAGUGCAAGUAGAUAAAUAGGUAGCACUCCGGCGGGAAGGUAAACGGUGUUUCCGUGCACUGCUCUGGUUCACCAGAAGCGGCUUAGUCAUGCUGGCCACAUGACCCGGAAGCUGUACGCCGGCUCCCUCGGCCAAUAAAGCGAGAUGAGCGCCGCAACCCCAGAGUCGGUCACGACUGGGCCUAAUGGUCAGGGGUCCCUUUACCUUUACCUUUAAGUGGGAAACUGCUUGGACUCAUGCUUUCUAGGCACAAGACAUGCGGAAGUGUGGCCCAGCCCUUCUUCCCUGCAGAUGACCUUGUUAUGCCAUUGAUGUUCAGAGACAGGGCCAGGGGCACAUUCCUGCUGCUCAGUCAUCAUUUGAUGCCCCCUUCAUGCAAGGAAUGCCCAAAGUAGGAUAGUAAAGUAUCAUAGAUUAGCUCUUUCAUUACAGUGCUGCCUUAAAUUUAAAUGUACUAGAAAACAUGCACCCUCUGCUAAAUUCUGUGAAACAUUUUCUUAUAGGUAAGGGUAACCAGAUGAAUCAUUUUCUUUUUCUGUCUUUAGGUUAUUCAUAUUAUAUUCCAGUACUUGAAGAUGUUGCGAAAACAUGGACCUGUAGAAAGGUGAUUUUUUAAAAAAAAGAAGUGCUAGAACCAAAAAAAAGCUAGACACACUAUACCUGGGGUAGGCAACCUAAGGUCCAGGGGCUGGAUGCGGCCCAACCGCCUUCUAAAUCCGGCCCAUGGACGGUCCAGGAAUCAGCAUGUUUUUGCAUGAGUAGAAUGUGUCCUUUUAUUUUAAAAAGCAUCUCUGGGUUAUUUGUGGGGCCUGCCUGGUGUUUUAGAUAGGUAGAAUGUGUGCUUUUAUUUAAAAUGCACCUCUGGGUUAUUUGUGGAGCAUAGGAAUUCAUUCAUAUAUUUUUAUCAAAAUAUAGUCUAGCCCCCCACAUGGUCUGAGGGACAGUGGACUGGCCCACGGCUGAAAAAGAUUGCUGACCCCUGCACUAUACUAAUCAGCAAAACUUACUAGGCUUAUGAAAUAAAGGGAAAAUGGUUAUUCUGUUUCUGAGAAUCAACAAAUAAUUAUUAUCCAAUAUGCUGAAGACAACUCAGAAAACCAUUAUUAAUAACAAUACAACCACACAAAAUCACUCUGGGUCAAUCCACUCUGGGCCUGUUGCUUCAUAUGCAUAAUAUUAUACAUUUGAAAAUAAAUAUUUGCAUAACCUCCUAGACCAAUAUAUAGGUGAAUGCAAUUUUUCUCAGAUUUUAUCAGGGCUUCACUGCCACUACAAUCAGUAUGAAUAGAUCCUUUGUAUAUACAACUGAAAAAAGCUUAAACGUUUGUAUGUACGGAAAUUGCAUGCAUGUAGAAUCUGUUCAGAUAGUAGACUUGAACAUGUAUAGAUCAGGGGGAACACAAUUCUAUUCCCCAAUAUGCAUCCAAUCUUUGCAAACACGUAUGUGCAGCAGGUCUUAACCAAUGUGGUCUGGUAGUCCCAUUUCAACAGUACAAAUACUUAAUGCAGAAUAAAUACCUUCUGCAUGAUAUCUUACUUAGAAAUUCAGUUUGAUUAUUUUCUUGAGAGUUAAGGAUUAAUAUGGACUCAACUUGUUCCCUCACAGAAUAUGGAAAGACAUUCAGAAGAUUGAAGGCAAUGAAUUUUGCUUUCAGGAACAGGUAUUAUCUAUUCAAUUUUCCAGUAUUUUCUUGCAUCUAUACUAAUACUGAUAUUUUCAAUAUGUGACUAGUUUUGCAUACUGGUGUUCACACAUCCCAAACCUCUCCUGUUUCAGGGACUGCUCUCUAAGAGAAAUCCUAACAUUGUGAUGAUUUCCAAAUCAUAUUUUGCUCAUUCCCCAGGUUGAUCCACUUGAAUAUGUAGAAAAUAUUUCUGAAUAUAUGCACAUAUUUCAAAAGGAGGACUUUCUGAUAGGAGACCAGCUACUGAUUGAAUAUAAUGCUGAAGUAAGUAAUCUCCAUCUGUCUUUAGGAGGAAAGCUGUUAUGUAGAAGUCACUUUGAAAUUCCCUCAUAGGAGUUAAAAAAUGUGUUGGUAACUAGAACAUUUCCAAAUCUUUUUCCAGCGGAGAAAUACUUGUUAUCAAACAUUUGAAUUGCGUACUUCCCUGCCCAGAAGUUAGGAAUGACUAGUUGAAAACAAACUGAUACGUUCUAUUAUGUUUAUAGGUCAUUGCUGAUGCCCUUAACCAUCUCAUCCCUCAAAAGGCAAACUUCGUUUUCUUUUCUCCUUACCAUGAGGGGAAAUGUCCCUUGAAGGAGAAAUGGUUUGGGACACAAUACAGCGCAACAGGUAAAACAAUGUAAAGUUUCUGCGAUUUAAAACAUGUCUCUGAAGCUUUUCAAGCAAGUUGACAGCUAAGGAUUUUCACAACAAGAACAUGAUGUAGCUCAGCAGAAGAGCAUCUGCUUUUUGUAUGCAGAAGCUUUCUGGUUCACUCCCUGCUGUUCCAGGUUGAACAGUGAACAUCUCCUGUCUGAAACCCUGAAGAGCAGCUUUUGGUCAGCAUGGACAAUACUGAACUAGAUGACCAAUGUUCUGACUCAGUAUAAGUAGUUGUAUUAGAUAGUAGCGCUGCUCUGGUUCGCCAGAAGCGGCUUAGUCAUGCUGACCACAGGACUCAGAAGCUCCCUCGGCCAAUAAAGUGAGAUGAGCGCCGCAACCCCAGAGUCGGUCACGACUGGACCUAAUGGUCAGGGGUCCCCUUACCUUUACCUUUAUUAUUACCUUCAGCACCAGAGAUCAGAUGCCUCAGAAUACCAGUUCCUGGGGUGUCAUGAGUACUAUUCCACUCAUGUCCUGCUUGUGAGCUUCCCAUAAUAAUCUGGUUGGCCACUGUAACAACAGAAUGUUGGACAAGGCAAGCCUUUGAUCUGAUUCAGUAGGUUUCUUCUCAUGUUCUUUUAGGUGCCUAAAGCUUGUGUCUGCAUGCAGAAUUAUGCCAGUCUGAAUUUAGAAUUCAGUGCAGCGUCCUGGCUGUUGAACCAGGUUAACGCUUGGCUUGGAUUUACAUUUUGUGAUAGCAGAAUAAUUCCAUUUUAUGUCAUAUCCACAGAAAUCGAUGCAUACUGGAGCACAUUGUGGGACACUGAUUUCAUGCUGCAUCCAGAUUUACACCUACCGGAAGAAAAUCAAUUUAUAGGUAAGCAGUACAAGACGAGGAUCCCAUUCCAACUGCAUAUCCUGCCUGAAGACAGUCUUGCAAUUGCCUGCGUUGAGAACAAGCUUUCCAUGAAUACAGUUGUACGCAGAGGACUCUUUCCAGACCUUACCCUGAGUACAUUUUGGUUGACGUGUCAGUACACUGUCACCUAAUCCUGUGUUUUCAGCCAUGUUCAUCAAGUCAUUAGUUGUAGCCUCAAUAAUGGACUUAUAUGGACUUCCAUAGGGACAUGGAUGGCGCUGUGGGUUAAACCGCAGAGCCUAGGACUUGCCGAUCAGAAGGUUGGCAGUUCAAAUCCCUGCGACAGGGUGAGCUCCCAUUGCUCUGUCCUGCUCCUGCCAACCUAGCAGUUUGAAAGCACGUCAAAGUGCAAGUAGAUAAAUAGGUACCACUCCGGCGGGAAGGUAAAUGGUGUUUCCGUGAGCUGCUCUGGUUCACCAGAAGUGGCUUAGCCAUGCUGGCCACAUGACCUGGAAGCUGUACGCCGGCUCCCUCGGCCAAUAAAGCGAGAUGAGCACCACAACCCCAGAGUCGGUCACGACUGGACCUAAUGGUCAGAGGUCCCUUUACCUUUACCUAUGGACUUCCAUGGAUCAGUCACAGCUGAAAGAACUCAUAUCACCAAAGGUCUGUCCAAACACAAUACAUUUCAAAUUCACACCUUUGGCUAAGGGUCAUUGAGUGCAUGCUUGUAGGAGCAGUUGUUGUGGCGAUGCAGAGCUGCCCUCCAGCAUUGCUGCAGGAUGGUGGUAAGGUUGGCGAUGCAAGGAUGCUCCAUCAGAGUCAUUCAGAAGUCUCCCUGCUUGAAGACUGUCCUCCACAGGUUGGAGAAUAAUGAGAACAGUGACAGAAGGUGGAACUGACACGGUGGUUCUCACUGCCUCCCUCAUGUCUUUAUUUAACUUCCAAUGCUCAUGAACAAAAGCACAAAAGCCAGAUACUUAUUGUUACAAGUGUGGAUCAGUGCUUUAUGUCUCUGAACAUCUUCAAAGGCAGAUGUAGCAAGUACAUAUGCAGCAGCAACAUAAGAAACUACCUCCACAUCCAAGUGUUAUGGAUGGAUGGUGUUCAAAUUUAGCAAUCUGUUAUUUUAUCUCCCAUGCUAGCUACAGAUUUCACUGUGAAGAAAUCAACCGAGCACAAAACAGAAUAUCCACACAAAAUAUUGGAUACCAAACAAGGCUGUCUGUGGUACAAGAAAGACAAUAAAUUUAGUGUCCCGAAAGGUAAAACUCAAUAUAUUGCAUUUAUAAAAUGGGUACAACCAAGGCGUGUGGCGCGCACACAUUUACAAGUUUGGGAGAGGACUAGCUAAAUAUCGCUAGAAAACUUCAAAUUUGUUUACUGUUAAAUGCAAUCAGCACUCUGGAGAGUUCUUAUCAUUCAAAGAUUCUUACCAAUGUACCCUUUGGGGAAACUGACAAGAAAGGGGUUUAAAAGGAGUGCUUCACAAGAAGCUAACAAAAAGUGAAGCUGAAUUUGGUGUCUGUCCUCCUGCACAGUUGAUGUGAGGUUGACUUGAGGAUACACUUGCUAGUUGACCCAGGUCCAGCAUACAGCUAACAUGGUACACGAGGGUUCAGUUCUGGGGGUCCACUUGUAAACACAAAAAUGCAUAAAUCCAGGAACUGCCCCCCACCUGCAAGAUGGAGGUCUGCUUGCCCAGCUUUGGGAAGGAAACAGGAGGACUCAAGAGCCCUCACACCACCUCCUCAAAGCUAGGUAAGCUCCGAUUGCAGCUUUGCGUGGUGGGGAGAGGGAAGGGAUAAAGAAAUUGUGAGGAGAAUCUCCUAUUUGUAGUUAUCGCUUCCGCUCACAGAGUCUCUGAACUUUGGACCCUUUCAGUAGCCAAACAUCUCUGCACCUUUCAUAGGGAUAGAGUAGCCCUCAGAACUGGCCCCUCCUUCAUUCCUAAGGUAGCGUCCUGUUUUCACAUGCAACCGGAAUUGAUAUUUCCUACCUUUUGUCCAAAUCCCUCUCACUCUCUAGAGACAGCUCUGCACUCCCUUGAUGUCUGGAUGGACCUGAAGGUCUACAUUGCCAGGGCAAAGGAGUUUAGGUGUAUGGCCGCCUCCUGUGUCUCCUUUCUCCCUACCCCAUUACCCAAAUGUGUUGUCCUGCACACUGUCCAGAUGGAGACUGUCCAAUGGAUGUACAUUUAGAAUAGUGCUAAUCACCACUCAUUGCCAAAACUCGGUACUGAUAGAAAUUGUGCCCAAAGGCGGCCACUGAAAAACAAAGAGGGUGUCAUCAGCCUGCUCACUGGAGCACCAAAAUGUGCAGGAAUUGCUUUUUUUUAAAGUACAACAGCCCAGAGGGGCAGAGGCAAAAAGUCUGAGGACUGUGUAUUUCCCCCCCUCCUCCUGACUAAAUCUCCUUGUUCAUGAAAUUUUAAUUCUUCAGUUAUUUUUCUGUUUCUCUUCUCCCUCCUGCCCAGCAUUUAUCUGUUUUUAUCUGGUGACUCCAGUGAUACAACAGUCUGCAUUAAAGUAAGUAGUGAUAUAUAAUAUAUUACAUUAAUUUAAGUGGGAGAUAGGAGGACAUUUCUAUUCAGAUUACUUUCCAUUUUUCCUAAUUUGCUGUUGCCUGGAUUGUAUAAAGUGGCAAGUCGAUAUUACGGUGUUCAACGUUUAUUUGUCUGCUUUUCUAGAUACAGGAUGUAGUGGAAAGUAUCUGUGGCUUCUGAAUAUGGCUGGAAUUGACCCUUUUGCUUCAUAACAGCUUGUAGUUCCUACUAUGAGAAGGCAUCAUCUAGGGAACUCCCAUUAGGCUCUCAUUUCCACCUCUUACAAUUAACUCUCAUUUCACAGCAAUGUCCUUAGCCUGAAAAAGUCAAAGACCAAAAAUAAAGGAAAAUAGAACAAGCCUCCUUUGACACUUUCUCCCUAUUGUGAUGAAUAAUGUACAGUAAGAAACUCUGAAUACUGAAAAAUAUAUUUAGGUGAAAUAUAAUAAUACAAUAGUUUACAUACAAUACAAUACAAUACAGUACAAUACAAUACAAUACAAUAGGUGCUUUUUAUAAUAGUGGUAUAUUAUAACAUGCUAUGAUUGAUAGAGUGAGAUUUUUUGAGUUUUAUAUGUGUGUGUGUUUAUAUUACUAUUACUAUUACUAUUACUAUUACUAUUACUAAUUGAAUUUAUAUACUGCCCUAUACCCGGAGGUCUCAGGGCGGUUAAUGCAUGAAUAUAUUGUAUAGUCUUUACAUAUCUUUUCAUAAUUAAAAAAGAGCAAAUGUCAAAUGAUGCCUUUUAUGAAAAUCCACAGAAAUUAAUGGCAUCUGCCUUUAUAUGAUUGCUAUCUUGAUAUUACAGUUGUUUCAAGAACAUGUAAAGAGGAUUUUUCAUUGUUCGAAACUUUAUCCUUCCUAAGUGUGAUAAGAUUGUACUAACACCCACUUUCAUGUGUAGCCUGUGAAUUACUUGAACUCCUUUGAGUCCACUGUUUUAAACAUUUCCGCUUAUUCUUCUCCACCCAGUAUGGUGCUUUUUGAUACUUUUGUAAGCACACUUUCCCACAACCUUGCUGAACCAGCAUAUCAAGCAGAUGUUGCUCAGAUGGAAUACAAAAUCAUAGCCAAAGAACAUGGUCUGGUCAUUCGAGUGAAAGGCUUUAACCAUAAACUACCUGUAAGUAGUCCAUAUAUUUUAGUCAAUUUAAUCUGUGUCGGUCCCAGUGAACAUGUACAUGGUAAUGUCAUCAUCAAAUUGGGCAGCUUAAAUAAGGUGAAAGAAUAAGGAGUCCUUCCUGUAGUCCUUAUGGUAUCAUAUCUAUUCUAUGCCUGAGGUUGAAGGAUUAUUUGUGAUGUUGGUCCAGAGAGCCAGAACAGGGAUGUUGUUAGUGUAGCAUCUAUCCAGCUGUGCUACAGUCUCCCUAACUAAGCUGGUGGGGGUCCUCUUAGAUGUGGUGUUGGAGAACCCUUUCAUUGUGGUGUUAGGGGGCUUCAGUAUUCACGUCAUGGCUGCCUCAAAUGGGCCAGCUCAGGACUUCAGGGCCUCCAUGACAGACAUGGGGCCUUUCUCAGUAUAUCAGUGGUCCCACACACAUGCAUGGAUGCAUCCUCGACCUGGUCUUUGCCACAGAACUGAUUGGUAAUACUCCACUGAUUGGAGGGGGCAUCACUGUACAUCCAUUGCCAUUGGCCAUCCAUUCCCUCAUGACAUUUGAGCUGAAUGUAGCUACUCCACUCUUCAGGACGGCGUACAGCUUCUAGCAAUAAAGAUUCAUUCACUCCACUGUUCAAGGCUGGGAGAUCCAUUAAGAGGUUCUGCCCUCAGAGAUGGAUGAGAUCUGAUGGGUUCCUGGAUGAUCUGGGGAGUUUCUGUCUGACAUGACUGGUCCUUCUGUUGAGGGUUUUGUCUGACUAUAGAAUGGUGAGAUGCGCAUAGCCAAUGACACAACAUGAGGUGUCUGUUGGGUUACAACUGUGUGCCCACUUACCUGAAGACAAUCCCCACAGAACUAGCAUGUCUUACUUCUGAGUAAACGUUCAUGUACCACGUAUCUCUUCAUUUGGUCAAAUUUUCCUUUUUUCUUUGCAGUUGCUCUUUCAACUGAUCAUUGAUCACUUGUCUAACCUCAGUGUCUCGCCUUCAGCUUUCCAGAUGAUAAUUGAACAGCUAAAAAAGACAUAUUUUAACAAUCUCCUCAAAACAGAUUCACUGGCAAAGUGAGUGUCUGCAGGGAGACUACAUGGAAAGGCUCAGGGGUAGAAAAUCGGCUUUGCUAAAGAAACUUUCACAUAUAGCCAAGAAUAAGUCUAAGAUCAGAUUGAUAUGAGUCUUGUGUUGAUUUUCCACUUGCAAGAAUCAAAAUGAUUGCCAAGCAUUAAAUGACUGCUCAUGUCACCAUUUUUUAAAGACCUCCUCAGCCUCGUGCAGGAUCUCAUGAGGAGUAGUGAGAAAAAGGAAGGCUCUGCCUACCCUGCCAUCCCAGAGAUGCCACACUGCCAGGCACAGGUUCCUAUGGCCAUCUAACAAAGAAGGGAGUGAGGGAAACAUGUCCUUUAGCCAUGGCAAUUGGGGUUGAUGGGACUUGGGAGACCAACUACAUAUGAAGGGCCACAGGUUCCUCAUUGCUGUCUUGGGAGUGUGGGGAGGCUACACAGCAAAAUUAUCUCACCAAUUCCUCUUGCAUUUGUUAUUUUGAUAUAUUUUAAUUAGCUGAGGCUGCAUUUCCAAUUAUUCUGAGUGUUGCCAUUUUAGGGGUACUAAAAGCCCAAGAUGGUGAAAAAAUAAAUUAACGUACAUUUACUGAUGCAUCUUACAGAGAUCUUCGACUCUCGAUUCUGGAGCAUGGCAGGUGGUCUUUAGUAGAAAAAUAUCAAACUAUUAGUAGUGGCAUUACCAUAGAAGAUCUGCAAGCAUUUGUGACAGCUUUCAAAUCAAAACUGUGGGUAGAGGGACUUGUCCAAGGAAACUUUAUGAGCAAUGUGAGUAUAGAGUUGGACAGCUGAAAUUUGGGUUCUGCCUGCAAUGGAAGCAAACAAAAUAGACAUAGUUGUUGAACACUAAAUAUGAUUUCCAUGAAUGCAAAAAUGCCUUGUUCCGUUUAUAUUGGGUACGUAUUUGGAAAAUAGCCCCAUUCAUUUCAGUAAUGUUUGAUCUUUUAUCCUUAUGUCCUAGGAAGCAAAGGACUUUAUGAAUUAUAUUGCUGGGUGAGUAUCCUGGUUUGAUUCUUACUAUUAAGAAAUAUACAUAGAGUUCUGAUAGAGGGAAGAUGCAAUUGGUCAGGUUUCUUUAUUUUGAACACGCAGUUUAUUAUUAAAUGAAAACUGCAUUUCGAUGAGCAUUGCUGAAUGCUAUAAAAUGUUUAUUAACAUCCUUCCUUGAUUUUCCUCUUAAUUUUUUAAAAGAAUGAAAUAUAUUGUCAUGGUUUGGAUGUAACAAUAAACCACAUUUUAGCAUUACAAAGAUGAGCUGCAGUGAACUUCAGGCUCUCAGACUUCUCCUUCUUCAGUGCAGCCAUGAGAAGAAAAUUGGAGGGUCCCUCUCCUGUUUUAGAUUAACUACAUCUAAUUGUUACAUCUCAAAUGUAAGCAAUGAUUACUCUUAAAUAUAAUUUGUUCAAACAAACCAACUUCUUAAAGUACAAAAUGAAAUUGGGCUUUUUUCAAAAAACCACAGUGAUAUUAACCACAGUUUGUCAGGUUUGGAUCGCACAGGAAGUUGUGAUUAAUUUUUUUAAAAAGUGGGGGAGCAGAACUUUCACAGUCAUGCUUGAGUCAUUUGUCCUCAAAUCAUACAAUACUUGCUACUCAUUUAAUAUUGGUCAUCCUAGUCCACUCUCACACAUCUGCCAAUACACAUGCAUCAUACGUUCCUCUUACAUUUCAACACACGUAAGUUGCACUCCACAAACAAACAAACAAACAAACAAUACUUGAACAGGGACACUCUUAUUGCCAUCCCAUCAGGGUUGUGUCUCAACAGUGCUGGUCUCCAAACAUCUAUGUAACUCUUUGUAGUAGUCAAGCCUAGCUGUUACCAGAGUAUUGGUAUUUUAUAUUUGGUGCAAGUUUGUUGAAGUUCAAGUAACUGUGAGGAGAUAAAGGUCAGGAGGCAAACACUGGCUAUUCAUGGGAGCAGUCUACCACUUCAGGGUACACCUAAGGCUAAGUACUGGUGUGCAUCGUAUAGGUAGAAAGUACAAGUGUGAAUAUAAACGUAUCUGUGAUGAUUACUUCCUUCACAAAUAUGUUCAUAUGAUGAAGAUGAGAAACGGUGGCUCCUCUUUCAUUUUGCCCCUCUCUCUUUUCAGAAAAUUACAGUUUGUUCCUCUCAUACACCCAUGCCCUAUUCAGUUUCGGGUGAUAGAACUGCCAAACACUCACAUUCUGUGUAAAGUGAAAUCCCUUCACGCAGGCGAUCCAAACUCUGAUGUGACGGUCUACUAUCAGGUAUUGUAGACUCGGACCUAUUACAGUGCAUCCUGAGUGCUACUACUGAGAAGUAAGCUCCAUUGAGUUCCAUGGGACUUACUCCCUCAGAAACUGUUAAAGGAUUGCUGCCUUUAUGUUGGGUUUUGUAUUCAUUAGGGAUGGUGGGGAAUCCUGACUGGGAAAAGGAUCAGAAAUUGCUGGUGUUUGCUUAUUUGUCCUAUGUCCAGAAUGGAAACCAGUCCAGCAAAUAGGAUCGAUAUUCACUUUCAUAAUUUACUCCAUUUUCUCCCCAUUUGCAUUAGGUUUCUGUUGCAUUUAAAUACUGCCCCCAUCAUUUGCAUAUCUCAUUUGGGGCCCUGCCUGAGCUGUGGGGUUCUGAAGUCCAGCCCUACUAUUUGCUAUUCUAAAACAUAGGAGUGCCUAGCUAGACUUUGGGGUGGGGGGAGCAGCAUAUGGCCACCAUGCUAAUUUCAGGGAUGUGGGAAUACAAGGAGAAUGGGGUAAGAAAAGGUGAGAGAGGGGGUGGCAGAAAAAGAAAAAAGGGUAGCAGAAAGGGAAUGGGGUACCCCAUCCAUUUUUACUCUAGCCUCACCCACUACCAGGAUGCAACCCUGACCCCCACCCACUGAAUGAAUGCUCCCAAAGAAUGCCCACCCUCUGACCUAGACAAUUGCUAUUUAACCCACAUUCUCUUGCCUAAACUUAAAAGGCAAGAAAAUUAAAGGAGAUGGUUUAUCCAUUGAAUUUCAACCCUAUUCUCCUUUCAGAUCAAUAUAAGGUGGGGAUGAUUAGUUGCCCCUUGCAUAAUUUCAGGAAGUGGGGCUGGCACUGCCAGGCACCUCUGCUCCUUCAAAUUCUCACCCCAUACCAAAUUGUGUCCUAACAGGCAUUCAUGCCAUAGAAAAUCCAUGGAGAAUGUUCCAAGAAAGUAAUUGUCAAGCUCUGUUUCUAGGAAACGUGGGUUUCUAGGAAAAGAGGCCCAGAUACUAGACUGGAAUUUUUCAUUGAGGAGAAUGUCAUGACAAAGAAGCUUCUAUGAAAAACAGAUUGUCAGCCAUGAGCAGCUGUCCCCCAGAAUGCAUUCAAAACCACACAGUUUGUGUGGGACAAAAGUCAAGUUCAGCUAGGUUGACUGGCAACUUUAUGUGACAGGACUUCCUUAACAAAAACAGGGGUAGGUAUGGUAAGGCUCCCUAAAGACAGGAAGUUAGAAAACUACUGAUAUUCUUCACUAUUAAGUUUCACUGUGGCAACUCAGAGACUUGAAUGGAGCUCUCAGGUUCAUAGAGAAACAAAGACCCGUUAAUGACUGUUUUAUUCUCUCUCUCUCUCCCUCUCUCUCUUGCUUAAGACUGGUGCAAAGAAUUUAAAAGACUACUCCCUCACAGAACUGCUUGUGGUAAGCUUUUCUUAAUGUGUAUCCUCAGGCUUUUGGUGUAUCAUUUGAAAAGUGUGAAAUAUAAAUGCAACACAAACAGGGGUAUCAUUCUUAUUGGGCAUUGACGAACUUUGCCCACUGCAGAUUGGAAUGCCCAUUUUCUUCUUCCCCAGAAUGCUGUCCAGUUGCUGAUUAUGUAAACACAAUGUCCAAGGUUCAGGAACAAGCUAAUGUAACGUGCAGUUUGUUCAGUAGGUCUGUUGAAUUAGCAACACGGCAAUGGGAGUUUUCGUUUAGUGGCAAGAAAAGAGGGAUGUAAUGUAAGGAACCUAGUUGCAUUUUAUGUGUUCCAGUUCUCCAGAGUCUGGAUCAUCUCCAGUCCAGGUUUUACACUAAGUUCACAAACUCUAGAGACUAGAUCUGGAGUCAGUUGCAAAAUAAUAUUAAUAUUAAUAUUAUUAAUAAUAAUAAUAAUACUGGUGUGGCGCUGUGGUUUAAACCACAGAGCCUAGGACUUGCCGAUCAGAAGGUCGGCGGUUCGAAUCCCGCAGCGGGGUGAGCUCCCGUUGCUCGGUCCCUGCUCCUGCCAACCUAGCAGUUCGAAAGCAUGUCAAAGUGCAAGUAGAUAAAUAGGUACCGCUCCUGCGGAAAGGUAAACGGCAUUUCCGUGCGCUGCUCUGGUUCGCCAGAAGCGGCUUAGUCAUGCUGGCCACAUGAUCCAGAAGCUGUACACCGGCUCCCUCGGCCAGUAAAGCGAGAUGAGCGUUGCAACUGCAGAGUCGUUCACGACUGGACCUAAUGGUCAGGGGUCCCUUUACCUUUACCUUUACCUUUCACUUUUCUCAUGUUUAAUGUGUAUUAAGAGUUUGUUCUCAGUGAAGUGGUUUGUUCACCAUCUUUUGUGGUUUGGACACCAUCCUACAUUAUAACCCAAGCCCUGAUGGGAUCCAGGGUGUGGCAGCCCCUACAACAGCUCCCCAGUUGAAGUCUUCCCUGCCUUCCAUUUUCCUUUAUUGUACUUCACUGGGCUGCAGCAUCAUAUGGCUGCCAAAGAGGAGGCGUGGCAUAAAAUAAUGUGUGAACUCCUUGAUGAUGGAAUCAUUUCUUUUUAAAUGCACCCUAAUAUACUCUCAAAUGAUGAGUGUCAGCCAAGGUAAGUUUUCAAUACCUGGUAACUUUUUAAAGCGGGGAGAAAAAGAGUCACGCGUGUUGAGGUUUAUUGUUUAUUGUAUGUUGAAUAUUUGUUCCUUGGGUCAAAGAAAAUAUCCCUGCAAAUAUCAUGUUCCGUUUCAGAUGCAUAUGGAGGAGCCAUGCUUUGACUUCUUGCGAACAAAGAAUACCCUGGGGUGAGUUUGCCAUCUGAAGAAAGGCUUUGCAGUAAAUAUCGUUCCAUAUACAAGAAUUUCAGAGUACUUGAUUUCUCUGACUUCUUCCUGCUAUUUAAUAAUAGAUAGAAAUAUGGAAUGUGUUUAAGUCAGGGGUCACCAAAUUCUGUGUUCUUGGAGGCCCCCUCAUUCACCAGUCCAGACAUGUCAUAGGGAAGGGGGACAGUCAAAAAUUCAAAACUCAGAGAUGUUCAGGCUUUGUAAUACAGCUGGUAUCCCCUAACCCAGGGAUGGUUAAUGUAGUAUCCAGCACAUAUUGUUGGACCCUAGCUUCCAUCAGCCCCAGGGAUAAUGGGAGUUGUAGUCCAGCCCCAGGGAGUUAGAGAUGACCCUAUCAUUCUAUUAUUCCAGCAAUAAAGGUUUUACAGAUAUACACCAUGUGUGCUUGUAAAGUCACUAAUGAAGUGUAAAUGAGCUUGCAAAAAAAAGAAGCCCCAAAUAAGAAAAUCAGCAGUAGCCCUUUCCAAAAUGCACAUUAGGCAACAGUACAAGACUUGGAUGAUAUUGCAUCCAAAAGCUCUGUGAGUAAUGUCCUAGUCAUUAUCAGAGUAAACCCACUGAAAUUUAUGGAAUAAAGUUACUCUAAAUAUGAGUAAUGCUGGAUAUCAUCUUCCAAUGGAUGACUCUGAGAGCUAACCCUUUAUUACAUCUAAUUCAAAUCUGGUAUUAAAGAAAUAGUAGUGGCAGGAGGAAGUUAAAUAAAGAUGCUUCAGGGGCCAACUCCAGCCCAUUCUAGGUUUUGUCUGCAUGCGAAAUUUCUCAUGCUCCUAUUACCAAGAACUAGGGACCAAAACCUUUGAAGUUCUGCCUCUCCAGCUGUUCAGCAAUUUCAGUUUUGGUGCAGACACAAUGCAAACACAAAAUCCCCAAAACAGUUUAAUACAUGGUGCCAUGCUGUAGUCACAAAUGUCACAACUGUUACGGUAAGGUGUACAGAAUUAGCCCGAAAAAAGUACAACUCAUGUAGUUAGAACAAAUCUUGAAAUGUGCCUUCCAUUUAGGCAGCUGGCACAUUGAAAGGCAGUAAUGAAAUCACUGGUUUAAAGCACUAAUUCUAAUGAUGCAAUCUGAACCAUCUACCAAGUAUUGCUUCCAUGCACUUUAAUUGAACAUGUGGGAGAACCGGUUUUGAUGGAUAGCUCCCAUAUACUAGUUAGUACUUGUUAAUGAUCAGAAUAAAAUGACUUGUGCUUGUGGAAUGUUAUUCUUUUCCUUUGAUUUAAGCUACCAUGUCUACCCUUCCACAAGAAAUACAUCUGGAAUCCUGGGUUUCUCUGUUACCGUAACAACACAGGCAACCAAAUAUAAGUAAGUCGCCUAUUAAUAUUUUUUCAAGAGCAGUUAAAUUUAAUAUUAUUGUUUCCAUCCUAGGGCUCUGAACAUUCUAGGGCUCUGCAUAGGCCUGCACUUUUCCAAAACAGCUAUGACAUGUUUAGAGUAUAAACUGCAGCCAAGGUGCAUUGUAUGUCCCAUAAUUCCCCAUUAAUAAUGUUUCUACUGCUCUCUUCCAAAGCGCUUGAGAAUCUUAGUGUCUUUUGCAAGAUGCAUUUGCUUAUGUAUACAUUAUGUGUUUCCUUGUAUAAGCUUUUCUACAUGAGUUGUCUGGAGGCCUGGAGGCAAGUACAAUUAAUCACGCUAAAAACUAAAGGAACAAUGAGUUUGGCCCUGAUAUCUCAAGAUUCGGCUGGCUGUGCCUAUGCCAAAAAAAAGGACAAUGUCACAACAAAGUGACAUUUGGGUCCACCAUCUUGAUUCAAACUGGUGGUGAGCACCCAAACAUCAACAACAAACACCACUUCUGGAGUCCUUGUGACAAGCUUGGUGAUGAUAUCUUGAGAGGUUGCCCAACCUAUAGAAACCAAACAGAUGCACAAACCAUUUUUCAAGACUGAUAGAAUGAAAACAUCCUGGCUUGUUUGUUCAGAUAGGAAAUGGCUGCAUGAGGGGACAGCAGACUCAUAUGUAUCUUGGCUUAUUAAGUUCAGGUGUUAUUGGUCCAACACAGCCAUUGUGGUUAACGUAAGUCCAGUUGCCUUAACAGCACAUCGGACUUUGGCCGGAUUGGGAGCUGUCUAAUAAAGGUAGACUUUAUAAGACUAUAUAGUUCAUAAAAUCCUUUAUUUCAUAUGUUGCUUUGAAACAAAUGUAGAAGAGCUCAGACUUAAUGGCUUAAUUAAUUAAUUAAUUAAUUAAUGGCUUAAUUAAUUAAUUAAUAAGCAAAUGUUGCCUCCCCUACCUCCAGUGGAAGCAGCACUGGAUCAAAAGCCUUCCAUGGCACAGAAGGGUUUUGAAAGUCAAAGUCUGAAUCUAACCUAAAGGACCCAGUGUUUUUCAAAAAACAAAGCUAGAAAAACAAAAUCCUGGAUUCCACAACCCCCCUGCUUGAUUGCCUGUCCUAGUCUUAUUGCAGCGUGUUAAAAACCAAGUUUCAGUUUCCAAAUGUGUACAGCUGUCACCCCCAGAAUUUAAAACACCUGUUUCUUCUAUGUGCUGUAAAUAUGAUUCUUGGAUUUUAAAGUCUCAGUUGAGUAGUUGUCAUAAUUAAUCAAUUAGCUGAACCAAGAUCACCAGCCAGCACUGUUCCUUUUUUUUUUUUUUUAUGAAGCUCUUGCCUGUGAAAAUAUGCUCAUUGCUGGUAAUAUAAAGAACCUGAGAAUGUUUAUAUUCGGGCAGUGCGUUUGAGAUGAAUCUUCAAGCAACAAAUGAGUUCCCUAUUGUUUGCUUGAGAGAAAUUGUUAUCUUAAUUAACCAGCUGUAAAAUAUUACCUUUGUUGAAUGCAAUACAUUCCACACAAGUGCUACUAUUAUUUUUCAUUUGAGGCCUGUCAGAUUCAGUCUCCCCAGGCUUAGCAGGUGCAUGAUAUACCAAAAGCUUCAGGACACUCUGGUUUCUUGUUGGUCCCUUUGCUUCCUUUUUGGGAUGCUUGCUGCGGAAUUCAAUCUUUGUGAAUUCCUAUGUGAAAUUUUAUUUCCUCUAACAAAAUGCAUGCACCGCUUCCUAAAACAAAGGACCAUACAGAAACUUCAGUUAUUGAGUGGUAUAUACAUAACUUAACUAAAUAAAGACACGUCUUACAAAAGACAACCUAAAAUAUUCACUUUUUAAAUGCCAAUAAAAGAAAACAUUAAAAACAAGUUACAUUUUUUUAAAGCCAUUAAUUUAAAAACAAUGUUACCAACUAAAAAACUACAUGUUAAUAUGGCAUGCAAAAAUUAUGCACUUGCGGAAAAGAAAAUGUUGCUUGCAGGCAUGGAAAACAAACAAUACAGUGAAGUCAGUUAACUGCCUGCUAUCAAUGGGAAGGGAGUUUCCAAGAGUGGCACCUGCCAUGCCCUCGAUUUGUUGCAGAAUAUACAUAUAUCAUGUGGCACUUGUAAAAGUGCCAGUUCCGCAGAUCUAAGAGGUCAUGUGGGCACAUAAGGAGCUAGGUCAAUAACAACUAAACUUCUUAUUAAUGCCUUUGAUAACUUUUAGCACUGAAUUUGUUGAUAAAAAAAUAGAAGAGUUCUUUGUGCACUUUGAAGAAAAGCUCCGGAAAUUAACUGAAGAUGAAUUCUCUGCUCAGGUAAGACUUGUGGCUUGUUUUACAUUGUGCAUUGCAUCCAGACUGGUUUAGGCACCUGAACAUUUAUCUUGGACAUCUUGAGGGACAUCUGCAAGAGAAAAUAAGGCAAAGGAGUAAGCCUUACACAAAUCUGGAGUGGAGUCCCUAAGAUGGUGCCUUGUAUGCCUCCUUCCGGCAACUCCUGCAGCCAAGCUGGUGCCAAACGUAUUGCUCUGAUUUCCUUUGACCACAUAAGUGAGGCCAUGGUGGGGGAUUGUCGUCUGGGCAGCCCAGGAUCUCUAUACACACUGCCCAGCCUUGCGCCCUAGGGAGGUCACUUCGGUCCUGCUAACAUAGCAGUUUGACUUCACCCUCGGAGGCAUACUCCAUUGUCUCUCAAGACAGAUGGAUGCCAGCAACCAACAAAGGAUCAUAUACACUACACUUGUCCCUUGCCUUGAAUUAUGGAUCCAAGAGGUUGUCUGCUUGUCCUGUGCUUUCUAUGCCUGGAUCCGAGCUGUUUUCCAUUUCCCCACCACUUUCCCUUGGAAAGCCUGCUCUUUACCACUGAAUCAAUCUGCUGGAUACCUGGUGUGGUGAUCACGCAGGGUCCCCGGAUGCUUCACCGUCUAUUGAUCCCUGUGCCACCACUUUAUUUCUCGCUGCCACCACCCAGGCCCUACCUGGUACAAUACUGAGUCCAGUCAGGGUUAAAUUGGAACAUAAACUUCUGUUUAUUUGUUGCAGUUCAACAAGCGUGUGGUUUCAUAAACGGUAUCCGUCAAUUACAAAUGUGGGGUGCCUAUCCAGACCUAUAACUUCCACUACCUGCUCUCACUCACUAAACCACCUCUCAGAUAUUUACUUGUCUUCCUACCCCUAACUGUUCCUGACUCAGCUUAUUUCACUACACUAACUCAACCUACCCACAAACUCUAUCCCAAUUCACUCCCACACCAACCCAACGAACUCCUCCCUUUGCCCCUCCCAGAGCUGGUUUUAUAGUCCCUCUGACUCCACCCCCUGGGUCCUGAUUGGGUAACCUGUUUAACUAUUUCUCAUCCAGCACUCUCAUAUGUUAAUAUCACACCUGGUUUGCUCUAAUUCAGUGCUAAAGUGUAGGUUUUCCUGGGAGAAAGCACUGAGACAAGCGGAAGAAUGGACAAGCCCUAAGUUCAGCUAUAAAGGUCAAAUAGAUUGCUGCCACACCAUAAUUUUGCUGUCUCUCUGUGCUUAUCCACUGCUGCAUGGAGGCACAGAUUUUGCCUGCCUGUUCAUUGGAUCGGAGCAUAAAAGGAGUGCAUGCCUUGGAACGAGAAACAAACAUUCAAGUUUUGCUUGCAAAACGUGCAAGUUUUGCUUUGAGACAUACAGUUUUUGGAAGCAGAUCUUUGUCAAAAGCAGAGACAUUCCUACAGGAGCCGCAUGUUUUACAGGUCUCAGCUCUCAUAAAGCUUAAGCAAACUGACGAUGCCCAUCUUGGGGAAGAGGUGGACAGGAACUGGAACGAAGUGCUUACUCAGCAGUACGUGUUUGACAGACUUGCCCGAGAGGUAGUAAAUAGUAAAACGCUACCCGUCUUCAUCUCUUGUUAAUUGUUUGUUGUAAUCGUUAAGUGGCUUUGCUCCUGGUCCAUAAAAUGAAGGGGGGGAUGGUUUAUUGCCUUUGUGGGACUGGGCUGACUGUGUGUGAUUGCCUACAUGGUGCUGACAAGGCCAAAAGGGGAGACCUGAGAUCUAGGCUUCCUAAUUGAAUUAUGCUCUUGCAAAACAAAGCAAAAAAAAAAUUAACACACAGCUCUUCACAAGUGAAAAUGAACAGCUCGUUUACUACUUGAAUGUUCUCUCAGUGUUUGUCAUGUGUGAGGCAGCUGUGCCUUGAGAUCUUCAAGAUCCCAAAAUGUGGUUACAGGGGGAAAUUUCUUAAAUUGGUGUCAGAUUUUCUCUCACUUGUAGGAAUCAACAUCUAGCUUGCCUCCCAUCUGCCCCAAGCUGGGGUGACUGUUCUGCUAAGCUUGUUAAUGUGAGUUUAUACAUUGUGACGAGUGUACGGGGCUGUUGGAACAGUUGCGCUGGGCAGAUUCAAAAAUGAGAAUCCCUGUAAACAGCCAAACUGAUGUGUAGCAUAUCCCUUAUAUUUUUCUUAAUACAUCCAGAUCAAGCCUUUCAACUGGCAUUCUUUCCAAGUCAAUGGGCAUAGGACUGCAAGAUAAACUAUCCCGUAUAAGAUGGUUCAAGGUUUAUCUCUACUUUGGGGAAAGGGAAAAGAAACUAUGGAGGAAUUUAUGUAAUGGUCUCAUUUAUAAUGCUCAUACACUCCUCCUAGGGCAAUAUCUGCAUUUUGUUUUAGGUCUAUAUCAGGGGUGGGGAGCCUCAGUUCCAGGGUCCAAAAUGUGGUCCUCUGGGUCUCUCUGUCUUGCCCUUCCCAACCAAGCAAAGCCUCCUCCUUGGCCACAGUCCUACUUUGCACCCUUCUUGAGAGUUUUUGCCUGUCUGGUAUGUGUCUGAUAAUGUCUCUUGCUUGUUGGAUGGAGGACACAAAGGAGUGUGUAUCUGUCCUAAGAAGCUCUCUUUCUUUAUGGCUUAUAGAUUGUAGCCCUGAAGAGCUUUAGAAAAUCCCAUUUGCUUGACUGGUUCCUAGGAUUCAGGGGCAAGAACAAACGAGUGCUGAGCACCCAUGUGAGUAUACCUGAAAUCAGAGUAUGUGUGCUCUCAGAUAGAUAUGGAACUUAUGGGAGGGAGUAUCAAUGGAUGCCAUAUAUAUAUAUAUAUAUAUAUAUAUAUAUAUAUAUAUAUCAGGGAUGGGGAACUGAAGUCCUGGGGGUCGAACGCCUCUCUGUCUGGCCCUUGGACUCCUCCCCCCACAGGCCUCAUUUCUCACUCAAACCUGGUUCAUGCCUUCCUUGAAUGCUUUAGACUACCUAGAAUGUGGCCUAGGUAAGGCCUUCUGCUUACCUAGUUGGAGAGUCAUUUGUGUGUUUGAGUGCUUGUAGAAACCCCUGGCUUUUGCCUGGCUGGAAUGUAGCUUACUAUAAAAUGGUAAGAGCAACAUCCAUUGUCCCUCUCUUGCUUUUGCCUAUAGAUGGAUAGAAACAGUGGCAUUCUAUUUUAUUUUUUUAUUUUUUAUAAUAAUUUUUAUUAAAAUUUCAAUCAGAAAUUAAACAACAAAGAAAGAAAGGAAAAACAUCAAAAAAAUAUACACAGAUACACCAUACAAAUCUCAAAGAGAAAAUAAAAAACCCACAAAAGACAAAAAUCAACAAUAAAAAAGAACAUAACAAUUAAAAACAAUAUCUCUUUUCCAUUUCCGUUUUUAAAUUUACUUAUUUUCUGGACUUCCUCGUACCUCCCUCUUUUGUAUUCCAAUCCAAAUUGUUUGUCCAGCAAUUUCUUUUCCACCUUUUAAUCCCAGUCUUUAAUUUAAUAUAAUAUUGAAAUAUAUAACUUCAACUUCUUUAAACCUAAUCUUUAGUCUUAAUGUAAUGUAACAUUAAAAUUUUACCUCUUAAUUGUCAAAUUUCCAUUUCAUUAAACAUCUUUAAUCCUAAUCUUUAGUCUUAAUCUGUCAUUAACCUUAACCUGUACAGCUGGAAACCGCUUAUUUUCAGUCCAACAUCACUCUAACAUUCUUUAAUUUUGCAAUGUUUCUGAAGAUAGUCUUUGAAUUUCUUCCAAUCUUCCUCCACCGACUCUUCUCCCUGGUCACGGAUUCUACCAGUCAUUUCCGCCAGUUCCAUAUAGUCCAUAAGUUUCAUCUGCCAUUCCUCCAGCGUGGGAAGUUCUUGUGUCUUCCAAUACUUUGCGAUGAGUAUUCUUGCUGCUGUUGUUGCAUACAUAAAGAAAGUUCUAUCCUUUUUUAACACCAUUUGGCCGACUAUGCCCAGGAGAAAGGCCUCUGGUUUCUUAGGGAAGGUAUACUUAAAUACCUUUUUUAAUUCAUUAUAUAUCAUUUCCCAGAAAGCCUUAAUCUUUGGGCACGUCCACCAAAGGUGAAAAAAUGUACCUUCAGUUUCUUUACAUUUCCAACAUUUGUUAUCGGGCAAGUGAUAAAUUUUUGCAAGCUUGACUGGGGUUAUGUACCACCUGUAUAUCAUUUUCAUAAUAUUCUCUCUUAAGGCAUUACAUGCCGUAAAUUUCAUACCUGUGGUCCACAACUGUUCCCAGUCAGCAAACAUAAUGUUAUGUCCAAUGUCCUGUGCCCAUUUAAUCAUAGCCGAUUUUACCGUUUCAUCCUGAGUAUUCCAUUUCAGCAGCAAGUUAUACAUUCUUGACAAAUUCUUGGUUUUGGGUUCUAACAGUUCUGUUUCUAAUUUGGAUCUUUCCACCUGGAAGCCAAUUUUCUUGUCCGAUUUAAAUGCCUCCAUUAUCUGAAAAUAAUGAAGCCAGUCUCGCACUUGAAACAGUGGCAUUCUAGUCCCUUAUUAUACCUUGGCCCUUGAGUCCAGGCUUCCCUCAAUAACUUAUUGUGUGCUACUGAUUUACAGAGAGCAGUAGGAAGACUCUCCUUUUAUUUACUUGUCUGUGUCAUUCAAAGCCAGCACAGGGGACGAUGCCCUAACCCAGGGAUAGCCAACAGGUGCCUUGCAGAUGUUGCUAGACUACAACUUCCAUCAUCCUUAACCAUCAGCCAAGCUGGCUGGCUCUGAUGGGAAAUGGAGGGCACCACAUCGGCUUCCCCUGUCUAAUCUAAAAUCCUCCAGAUCUAGGACACAUUCAUGAAUUGAAAAUGUGUAUUUGUGGAAAAGAACAGCAAGAGCAACUUGUUUGGUAAAGAACUAACAAAUAGCAGUUAUAAGAUACCUGACAUCCCUCUUUAUCACCUGUCCUAACUCCCCAUCUUUUUACCUGCAUCUUCAUUGUCUCUGAUAACUCUCCAUCUUCUUCCCACUCUUCCUUCAACUUUGUCCAACUAUCUAGCUCCCUAACUGUCAUUGUUAGGCAAAGUCUUGGUCCGCCUGUCACUCAGUCACCACCCACCAUUCCAUCACACUCCCCUGCUGCCAAUCCUUCUCUCACACAUUCUUCUGUUACACUAAGAAUGAAACAUCUGCUAACCGCUUGACGGCAGAACCUGUAAUUCUAGACUAAUGGAAUCUUGCCCCCUUUGUAGCUUUGAGCCUCUGGUAUGGUGACCUGGAAGCAUCAUUAUGAGAUGUACUUUCUGUUCUCUUGCACAAUUUCACACUUAUGCUUCCUGUUUUGUAAUAUCAGAAGAAGAACUUGCACAUUUCCCUUGUGGGGAGGACGCAUGUCUCCCUGCCUGUGGAAGCAUGGGGAGAUUAGUACUGUAGGUUCUGCUUUGGAUAUUUAGAAAAACAGAGAUUGCAACUCAUUAACACAGACACACACCACACUAAAAUUCACCACUCUGGACCAUAAGAAAAUCCCUUAUGCCAAGUCAGACCCUUGAUCCAUCUAGCUCAGCAUUGUGUACACUGACUGGCAGCAACCCUUCAGGAUUAUAGACAGGAGCCUCUUCCAGCCCUGCCUAGAGAUGCCAAAGUUUCUUCUGCAUGGAAAGCAGGUGUCCUGUCUCUGAGCUAUGACUUCUAUGCCAUGCUCACACACACAAAUAAAAAUCAACAAAUAUUCCAUACUACCUACUCAAAAUCCUUAUGUUUGCAGUCAGAGCUGUACAACACUGAUUUGGUUAUUUUUGAGAUUUAAUCAAUGUUUCUUCCAUCUCAUGACCUUUGGCUUUCUUAAAAACCGCAGGCAUCUGAACUCAUUAAGGAAAUGUUCCUUACUUUUACAGGUUUGUUAUCUUCUCAGCUGUUUGUUUGUUUGUUUGUUUGUUUCAUGGGGGUUUAAUUGGCUUAAAAAAAGUGAUGAGAUCUUCAUUUUUCUCUCAAUAAGGUCUGCAGUGUAUUAGAAGUCAAUCUCAAAUUUUAAAGUUUCUACAUUUAACAUCCUAUCUCAAGGUUUGCCGAGUGGUUCCCUCUAGAUGUUGCCAGACUUCACCUCCCAUUAAAAAGCACAGAGAUAGCUCAGCUGGUAGAGCUGAUAAUGCCAAGGUUGCAGGUUCAGUCCCUGUAUGGGACAGCUGCAUAUUCCUGUGUUUCAGAGGGUUGGACUAGAUGAUUCCCAGGGUCCCUUCCAACUCUACAGUUCUAUGAUUAGCUCCAACCAGCGUGGCCAGCGUAGAGGGACAACUGGACAUGUAGAUGAGCCACACCUGGAGGGCACAAUUUUGACUAUUAGGGUUCUACAUUACUAGAUAAAGUUUGCAGGUGGAGUUUGUUUUAGGGAUUUUGCACUGUGGUGCUUGCCAUCUGAAGUGAAAUCCGAUACAUUCAUCUCCAAAUUGGCUUCAAGCACCCAAUAUUACCCAACCAGCAACUUUCCGUUUAUAAGAUAAUGUGCUUGCCAAAACAAACCUGUGCCCCCAUCUCCCCUGCAAGCUUGCUGUAUGCUUACUGAAUUUGUACACCAGGAAAUCAUUUUGCAGUAACCCAGAUGUUUGGGCCAAGUUUGUCAUAUGCAAAAGCGUGCCUACAGUCUGUUCACGUAUCAUCGGUUGAUAGGAAGCCUGUCAGAAAUGACAUAAUUAACAUGAUGUCGGGAUUGUGCUUGCAGGAGACCGGACUCUGUUUGAACUUUUAGGCCCCAGGUGUUUGCUGCUUUGGUAACUGCUUGGCCUUUGAAUUCACAGGUGGUUGGCUAUGGCAAACAGGAAGGGAACACGGAUUUCUCACGCACCUACAGCGUUCAGGGGACUUUCUUUGGCAAAACAGCUGAACUAACAUUCCUCCCCUCCUCUCCCCUGCUGAAUCUCCCUUCUGUUAUGGACAUACGGGCCUUCACCUCAACGCUUAACGUUCUUCCUUACCACAAGAUACUAAAAUAAACCGUCAUCAGCUUUAGCCUC